CAAAACAAUAGUAUAUCUAACAGUAGCCUUCCAGUAUAACACAAUGGCAGUGCCACAAAACACAUUACAAGAGAAGAUCUUACAGACGUUAGCUCAACAAGAUGGUGUGUUGUUUGCAAGGAGAGCUAUUGUACACCGUGGUGGAUAUAAUGGAAGGAACAUCCUAGGAAAGAACAGUAGUUUUAAGCCAGAAUGUGUAGAUGAUAGAGGUUAUGUUCCCGUAGAGUGGUGGGUCAUGUCAAACACAACAGCCGAGAACACAAUACCAAAAGAAAAUGAGGGUUUGACAAAACUACUAAUUGAUGAAGAGGAGAUUUUUCUGACUGAUGCCCUAGCUGUUGCUGAGCAACAGUUGUUUGGUUGUUAUGGCAACAAGUGGCCAUUGGUUAAAGUUUUGGACAUUGGAGGAGAUCUGGUGGAGACAUCUUUUGGGACUAAAGAGGUGCCACCUAUCCCAUGCCAUGUUCACGCAGGUGAGUUCAAAGAUGGAAGAUGUUGCAUGGAGGAUGGUAAAUUAGAGGCUUACUUCAUGUUACCAGUAGACUGUCCACCUUACAAUAUAUACUUAGAAAAGGUUAUUACAAGACUUGGCUUGAAGCCCCAAUGUAGCAAAGAGGACCUUGUGAAGGCAAUGAAACAGUUUGGUUUUGACGACUCUUGCUACACCUUACUGAGAAGCUACCAGGUUCAGCCUUACGAUUGCUGGACAAUUAAACCGGGCAUGGUGCACUCACCUGGGCCUUGGCCAACCUUAGAGGUGCAAAGACCCCAGGAUGAUGCAAACCAUUUAGCAUGGGUACUCGGCUAUGUUGAACCAGACCAGAUUAAGCGAUCAACAAAAAAGUCCCAGGAACAGUUGAGAGGUGUGCCAGAUGAACAAGGUCUGCUAGAUCACAUGGUUGAUUUUGAUGGUUCAAGGGAUCCAGAAUUUGAAAGCAGAUGGCGCCAUAAGUGUCUUGAAAUCUCAUCUGGUAAAUGGGGGCGACACUUUCAAAUAUUUUUUGGAGAGUUUUAUGGAGAAGGAAUGGAGAUCAAUUCAAAUUCUCAUUGGGUUCGGGAAUUAGAUGAACGACCAUAUAUGGCAAUUGUAUGGAGUGGAAGCGGGAAAAUUCAAGGCAAGUUGGUAAGUGCAGAAAUUGAUGGCACUCAAGAAAUACUAGUGACACCUGGUACAAAAGUGACAAUUGAGAAUACAGAUGCCGUGAAUAAACUGUUGGUUUAUGCAGUUUUCCCAAUCAGAAAAGAUGCAACAAACAGCUUAAACUAAUUAAUGAUGAAACAUGUGAUUACCAUCAACAUUAUGCUUCAAAUUUUGUUGAAUAUUUGAAAUUAUUGAGAAUAAUAGAAUAACUAUUGUUAGGGUCUCUUUAAUUGUAAAAAUGUUGAUAGAAUACUCUUGUACACUUUUAAGUUGAUACCCUAGCCCUUAUUUUCCAUGGUUUAG